CUCGUUCUUUGAAGCAGUAGAAGAUCUGAGGCGCGGAAGAAUGGCUGACUACCUGGCCUUGAUGGUUAAUGAGCAGGAGCAGCCGUCCGCAACAUGCGAAAUCGUGGCAACGCUCGGACGGGUCGAAGAGCUGCCAUUGGAUGGUUAUGGCACAGUGGAUUGGCAGCGGAUUGACAUCGCCAAAGUGGGCUUCGGAAUGCUGAAAGUUCUUGAGAUGCGACACCCGGAGCACAGCUCCAAGGUGAUCCAGCUGCAUCCGCCCGGGGAACACGACUUGGAGGUCAGAUUAUCUUUGGAACCAGGUGAAGAAGUUGUCGGCUUUCAAGUUAAGGAGGUGAAAGAUGGCGGAGCAAGCGAAUUUUACGAUCCGCAAGUGCUGAUCCGUGACGCGACAGCCGUGCGGAUGGAGCCUUUAAGUCAGCAAUUCUUCAAGCCAAGUCCGGAGUUCCCGGGUAAACUGCGCUGGCUGCCUGCCACAGCACAGCCUGAUCCUGAGGGCAAAGUGCAAGGAAGUGAGGUUGUUGGCUUCCGCGCCAUCCAAGGGGUCCAGCGUGACCACAUCCUCGGCGUCGUUCACAAGGUCUCCUUCUGGUCCUUUGAUGCGCGGAGCUGGACAGGACAGUCAGUGAUGUUUUGGAUCGACAUCUUCCUCCUCGUCCUGGCAUGCUUUGUUCCCGUCUCCGCCUUUGUCCUGUACUAUGCGGACAUUUUGCUGGACCUGAAGCAGCUAAAAGUCUUUGCAGACCAGCGGCUUUACGAUUACCUCAGGUUUAAUGCCCUGGGGCUGCUGAUCCCACCAGUGCUCACGGUGUGGGAAGCAUGUCACUGGCUGCAGCAGCCAUCCCCCGAGAGGGACCACUUCGAUCACCUCGUUGCCUCCAAGCUGAUGCAAAAGAUCAUCAUCGUCUUGGCAGUGGCAACCCAGACACACGUGAUUUUGCUGGUGAUGUGGUCCGUUCGCUUCAAACAGAAGCACCCCCUCUUGCAGGGAGCCAAGAAUGCCGAGGUGGCGGAGUCGGCGAUCUCAGCAUUGGUUCAAAUUAACUUUUUGGUGUCCCACUUUGCCGGCGUCACGGCCAUCACCAACCGAAACCUGGAUAGUGCAACCCUGCAGACCAUGGCCGUCUCCAUCCUUGUCUCCUGCUGCAGCACAGGGCUGAGCUUUGCAGGGAAGGACAAGAAAGAUGGCUCGGUCUUGGGUCUGCCGGGCAAGGUGGACUGGUCUCCGACCAUGGUGUCCUUGGUGCUGGUGAGAGCCAUGGAAACUGCAAGCCGAAUGGUGGCCUUCAACAUCGUCCAAGUCUCCCUGAGGGGUGGAUGGUGUGGACACCUUGGGGGUCCCAUGGCCGUGCUGUUCUUCGUGGCAGCUGCCGGGCUCUGCUUCCCAGAGGCAGAAAUUUCGGAUGUCCUUGCAUCCGUGGUAGCACACCCAGGACAAAUCCUUGAGCCUCAAUCGCUGCUGCCGCUCUGGCGCUCUUUGGUGCUUCAUGCCUUGCUGAUCUUGGUGGCACUCCUGCCGCAAGUGCUGCUGCGCACCGAGUACAAAGCUUGGAUGCCCAAGGAUGCGAAGGAAAUUCCCGCCAUCUACCUGUUGGGAUGGUUGGCAGUCACUGCAUGCAGCUUCCUGGGCUUGAUGAUCCUUUAUCUUCUUGGCCGUCGCUUGAAGCAGCCGAUCUUUGAGCAACUGCGUGAGGGCGAUGAGAGAGGCGGCUCUAUCCCACUGUCUUCUUUCAUCGCUGCUUUUGCUGGAAAACAGGGGCAGGUGCCGAAGGCUGUGGCGGCAGCCUUAGGUGAUGACGUCGUCAGGGUCGACAUAGCGAACCUAGACAAAGUCACCCUGACGGAGCUGAUGACCUCCCAGUGCCCCGUGAGUUUUUCACGAGAAGCCUUCAAGCACUUGAUCAGGCUCUAUGGCAAGGACAUCGACUUCGAAGGUGACAGGGACGAAUCAGCCGAAAUUGCGCCCGCCAUUGAGGAGGUCAUGUCAGACUUGGCCCUGUGCAACGUGGUGCGUUUGGAUUUGACAGGAUGCAGUUUCAUCCCAGCAGCUGCGUGGCAGCGGCUGCACGGUGCCGACUGGCGGAACCUGAAGAUUGCCAGAUUUGAUCUGUGGUGCUUUGCCGGAAGCAGCAAAGGCGUCGAUGACGCCGCAGAUCUUCUCCAAGUUCUGGGCAAAGCGACGACUUUGGAGGAGUUGGUCUUCUACGACUGCACCCAGAUCCCAGCAGCUGCGUGGCAGCGCCUGCACGGUGCCGACUGGCGGAACCUGAAGAUUGCCAGAUUUGAUCGGUCCUUUGGCCUCAACAGAAAAGGCGUCGAUGGCGCAGGAGAUCUUCUCCAAGUUCUGGGCAAAGCGACGACUUUGGAGGAGUUGGUCUUCUGCGAAUGCAACCACAUCCCAGCAGCUGCGUGGCAGCGGCUGCACGGUGCCGACUGGCGGAACCUGAAGAUUGCCAGAUUUGAUCGGUGCUUUGGCCUCGGCAGCAAAGGCGUCGAUGGCGCCGCAGAUCUUCUCCAAGUUCUGGGCAAAGCGACGACUUUGGAGACGUUGGUCUUUGAAGGCUGCUCCCAGAUCCCAGCAGCUGCGUGGCAGCGCCUGCACGGUGCCGACUGGCGGAAUCUGAAGAUUGCCAGAUUUGAUCGGUGCUUUGGCGACGACAGCAAAGGCGUCAAUGGCGCAGCAGAUCUUCUCCAAGUUCUGGGCAAAGCGAUGACUUUGGAGGAGUUGGACUUUGAAGGCUGCUCCCAGAUCCCAGCAGCUGCGUGGCAGCGGCUGCACGGUGCCGACUGGCGGAACCUGAAGAUUGCCAGAUUUGAUCGGUGCUUUGGCGACGACAGCAAAGGCGUCAAUGGCGCAGCAGAUCUUCUCCAAGUUCUGGGCAAAGCGAUGACUUUGGAGGAGUUGGACUUUGAAGGCUGCUCCCAGAUCCCAGCAGCUGCGUGGCAGCGGCUGCACGGUGCCGACUGGCGGAAUCUCAAGAUUGCCAGUUUUGUUGAGUGCUUUGACGACGACAGCAAAGGCGUCGAUGGCGCCGCAGAUCUUCUCCAAGUUCUGGGCAAAGCGAUGACUUUGGAGCGCUUGGACUUCGACGACUGCUCGCAGAUCCCAGCAGCUGCGUGGCAGCGAGUGCCGUCCGGCGCCUGGCCCAAGCUCAAGCCACGCAAAGCCCCUGGCGUCCCGGCAGAGGAGUUGCAACGGUUUGUGGCACCAAGUGGAGGAGUUGCUUCAGAACACAAGGAAGACCGAGAAGUUGCCACCAAGGUGGCGAUGCCCGGACCAAGGCAUCUCAAAGUUGUCAGAGCUCGAAACCUGGAGGCGAACAAAGGAGAUGCACUGCUGCAGGGCUUGAGCCAAUCGACGACUUUGGAGACGUUGGACUUCGACAGCUGCGACCAGAUCCCAGCAGCUGCGUGGCAGCGGCUGCACGGUGCCGACUGGCGGAAUCUCAAGAUUGCCAGUUUUGUUGAGUGCUUUGGCGACGACAGCAAAGGCGUCGAUGGCGCAGCAGAUCUUCUCCAAGUUCUGGGCAAAGCGACGACUUUGGAGGAGUUGGUCUUCCACAGAUGCAACCAGAUCCCAGCAGCUGCGUGGCAGCGGCUGCACGGUGCCAACUGGCGGAACCUGAAGAUUGCCAGUUUUGUUGAGUGCUUUGGCCUCAACAGCAAAGGCGUCGAUGGCGCAGCAGAUCUUCUCCAAGUUCUGGGCAAAGCGACGACUUUGGAGGAGUUGGCCUUCCACAGAUGCAACCAGAUCCCAGCAGCUGCGUGGCAGCGGCUGCACGGUGCCGACUGGCGGAAUCUGAAGAUUGCCAGAUUUGAUCGGUGCUUUGACGACGACAGCAAAGGCGUCGAUGGCGCAGCAGAUCUUCUCCAAGUUCUGGGCAAAGCGAUGACUUUGGAGGAGUUGGACUUUGACAGAUGCUCCCAGAUCCCAGCAGCUGCGUGGCAGCGCCUGCACGGUGCCGACUGGCGGAACCUGAAGAUUGCCAGAUUUGAUCGGUGCUUUGGCAACGACAGCAAAGGCGUCGAUGGCGCAGCAGAUCUUCUCCAAGUUCUGGGCAAAGCGACGACUUUGGAGGAGUUGGUCUUCCACAGAUGCAACCAGAUCCCAGCAGCUGCGUGGCAGCGGCUGCACGGUGCCAACUGGCGGAACCUGAAGAUUGCCAGUUUUGUUGAGUGCUUUGGCCUCAACAGCAAAGGCGUCGAUGGCGCAGCAGAUCUUCUCCAAGUUCUGGGCAAAGCGACGACUUUGGAGGAGUUGGCCUUCCACAGAUGCAACCAGAUCCCAGCAGCUGCGUGGCAGCGAGUGCCGUCCGGCGCCUGGCCCAAGCUCAAGCCUUCGAAAACCCCUGGCGUCCCGGAGGAGGAGCUGCAGCGCAUCUGUGGCGAUGGGAGGCAGGGCUGGGCACAUGCUGAAACUUCCGCUUUUUCUUGCAGGUUUGUGAGGCAUUGGUCGGUGGCUGAGAAGGAAUGUAGGUGA